GGCUUUCUUGUGCGCCGGCUCCGGUGUCGAAAUUGUCGAGCAUGAUUGCUGCGCCAACCCUACACCAAGACGCAAUGGCCGAAGAAAGAAAGCAUGCCGCCUGCAAGGAGUGCCGGGAGAAGAAGCUGCGCUGUGUGCCCAGCGAUGAUGGAGGCGACGCGUGCAACAGGUGUGCGAGACUGGGAAAGCAAUGCCAAGUGCCCGAAGUCAAGCAGAGGAAGCGGAAAGCUCGCCUGCGUGGCCGAGUCGAGCAGCUGGAGAGUAGCUACUCAGAGAUCCUGUCACUGCUUCGAGGCCCCAAGUCCCUCGGCGAUGCCAAUGGAGCGACCAUCUUGUCCAACUCGACGCCCUCCUAUACAGACUCGCAGCUGUCCCAGCACACGGGGCUGGUGUCGCCCUCGGGCUUCCAUUCGACUCAGUCUGAUGCCACCGGCACCUAUAUGCUCGACCUCUCCUCCGAAGAGUGUGAGACCUUGAUCAACGACUACCGGCGCAUGUCAUCCAACAGCUUUCCCUACGUCCUCGUGCCAGAGGCGUGCCCUGUUGCCUCACUGGUCGAGGAACGGCCGAUGCUCACCCAGGCCAUCCUCAUCAGCACCACGUGGCGGACGCCGGCGCGCCAAUCUGCACUGAAGGACAAAUUCCUCAAGGACCUUGGGGAGAGGUACUUUAUCCGGUCGGAGCGAUCGCUGGAUCUCCUGCAAGCACUGAUUGUAUAUUUUGGCUGGUGCCAUUGGCAUGCUUACCCUGUCGCCACCCAAGUCUACAGGCUGGCCUCACUGGUUGUGACCUUGGCAGUGGAACUUGGUAUCGACCAGAAGCCGAUGAACGUCACACAGCACGACAUGAUUGUCGGCUCGAGUGCAGCGCUGGCCCCGACGAACGAGGCUGUGUCAUCAAAAUUCUGGGGCUACGAGGCUCGAAGAGCGUAUAUCGGAGCCUACACCAUCUCGACUUUUGGCCUGUUCAUGUUCAGAAAGCCGUGCAUGUUGACCUAUACCCAAUAUCUCGAAGACUGUGCCUCGUCUCUGGCCGCAGACCCCCAACAUCCUUCAGAUACGACGCUCAUUCACCAGAUUCGAACUCUACGUGUCGCCGAAGAGAUCACCUACACGUUCGACCACGGUUCCAAGGAGAAGGUUGGCGAGCUCACCGACGAGAAAAUCCAGAUUCUGGUCAGGGCGUUGUCGAGACAGAUUGACGAGUGGAAAGUCUCGCUUCCGCAUGGCGCCUUUAGCAUUGGUCGAAUUCAACGCUCCUAUUAUAGCGCACGGGCGUACAUGCGCGAGGUUGGGCUUUAUGGCCUGCUUCAAGGUCAAGUCCCGUCGGUGAUCCGCGUGUCAAUCAUCUAUGACUGCUUCAACUGCACCAUGAAGUUCCUUUCUUCGGCUCUCGAGUGCCCCCUCGACGAGAUGGCCGACUGGACAGCUCUGGACUGGCGUGCCCUGAACUUUGUCAUCAUGCUGUCCACCAAGUCGUCGAUCAUUCUUGACUCGGCGUACGUGAGCACCGAGGCUUCUCAGCGAGCUGCCUGGCUGGGUAAAUGCCUUGACACACUGUGCCAGCGGGCCCAAGAGCUGCACCGUCUCAAAACCGAUGAUUGCAGCUAUUUUCAAAAGAUGUCGAAUGAAUGGGCCAACAUGAAGGUCUACCAUCAGAACUGCCUCCAAAGAAGCCUCUCAUCCUCGACAGGAACGAACAGUGCCCAACUGCCAACACAAUUGUCUUCGCAAGAGCAUCAAACAUCCAGUGCUCCCUAUCUCGACAAUGCAUUUGGCAUGGACCCGUUCAAUGAGUUGUUCUGGGCUGGGUUCGCUGAUUCGGAGGCGGGCCUUGGUGGCGUUUUUCCAAUGUGACCUUUUCCACCAAGCUCCAAAGAUUUGGAGGCAAAGACACAUUCACCCAUCAUUUGGUGCUCAAGCUGUCUCAGACCACCCAUUACCUGAUCCGUUUGUCUUGUCGCGAUCUGCUUGGUCUCAAAGGCUACGGUCGACUCUGCUAGGAAAACCACUAGAGAUUCUGCCGGGAGCUGCAUCACCGUGGCUGUGACAUCAAACGCAAGACCUCCAUUGAGGGGAUAUAAACCUGGGGUCGGCUCUCUCUUGCCCAAUGCCUCGCAAGCUGUGCCGCCUGUCUUCAGACUCACUCCACUCAUGUCAUCCGUCUGCUCGAGAUCGUCGCUACCUCUGAUUCAGUGAGCUCGACAUAUCCGUCUCGAGCAGUGCAAAACGCCUGCUCGGAAGGAAUGUGUACAAGAACAAUCAUCUAUUAUGCAUGCGGCCAUGAUCAGUUCAUCGACAGACGGUGUGGGGCGAGGAAAUGCCCUGGAUGGGACGUAAGAGAGCAGCAGUCCAGCGCCGUUCGCCGGACGUGCUGCCCAGAGAGCUUUUAACUGACUCUAGAAUGUGGUGGAGAUGACCAGAUUGUUCUGAGUAAGAGGGAUUGCAGCAAGCAAAGGUGCAUUGAAGGUCGACCAGCUCUGAGGACUGCUCGCUUCCGGCUCAUCAUCUGGUGAGAUCCAACGUCCUCCACCCUUUGAGGAAGAGCACUCCCAAAUAGCUAUUGGCCGGGAAGGAAGGUGGUGAGAGAAGGCUACUUGUAGGGCCAGUCUCGCCUCGGAUGCUGAGAAUAAGCAAACGGUUUGUUGCAGCAGAGAAGGGGAAGACGUCGAGGAUCAUGUGAAGCCAAGACGCGUCGCGUCCUCAACGCGCCCACGCGAGAGUGAUAGUCGCGAAAUCACGUGCUAUUGGCAACGGGGACAGACAACGUCGUCGCCUCGAGUUCUGGAAUAGCAGCGUUGAUCUCAUGAAUCUGACUCUCAU